AAAAUAUACAGUCUUGGAUUAAAGAAGGAAGUGAAACUUUGUAUAUUUCAAGCAGGGGUUGGGUCUUCAUCAGAAGUGUUAAAAUACUAAUACCUUCAUCAUGGACCAGUAUCAAUGCAACUAUUGUGGAAAGUGUGGUCUUCCAAGAUGGUGAUGUUCAAGUUAAUACUAAAAGCGGAGUAUAUGGUAAUUCACCCUUCACUCUUCAAACCAGUGGCUGCGGAGAGGAAGGAGAAUACAUCCAGAUCUCAAAUGAGUUUAUAGAAAAUUAUGGAAAUAUUGAAGGUACUUUUGGACCUCCAGGACAGGUGUUUGUUCAUGAAUGGGCAAAGUACCGGUAUGGAGUUUUUGAUGAGUUUGGAUAUCCAGGGGACGAGAAAUAUCCGAUGUUUUAUUACAAGUCUCAGUGGACAAUGCAAGGUCAAGUCAAUGAAAUAGCUCCAAACUUUUGUACCAAUGAAGGUCUUGUGGAUUACAGACUUGAGGAUUGGAAAUAUGGCGGGGCUUGUAGAUAUGAUGAGAAAACUGGACUUCCAGAUUCAAACUGUUUUCCAGUUCUGGGAGAUGGCAACAUGGUCAAGUCCUCUAUCAUGGCAAUUCCAUAUCUACAGGGAAAUAACCAAUUUUGUGAUGAUUCUGAAAUCCUGUUGCAUCAGGCAGACAUACCAACAAAGCAUAAUGACAUGUGUGGAGGUCAAAGUACAUUUGAAAUUAUAAAAAAUCAUCCAGACUUUAAAGAUUAUUUGAACAACAACACAGAAGAGAGUAGAACCCCAAGUUUUGAAAUUCUUAGAUCAAAAACAUCUUCAAGUUUUGUCAUGGUUCUUGAUGUGUCCGGUAGUAUGGGGGACUAUUUCAGAUUAGACAGACUUAAGGCUUCUGCAAAAAGAUGGUUAACAUAUGACCUGGACGAUGGAGUUCCUCUUGGAGUAGCAAAGUUUAGCUCUAAAGCCUCCACAGUAGUAAAUUUAACACCAGUUAACAAUCAGAGUAGAGCAGACAUUGCCAAAGCACUUGACAAUUUAAAUGCAGAUGGAGGCACUUGCCUUGGUGCAGGAUUAAAAGAAGGAUUGAAAGUUUUUAAGAAUGGUGGUGUUGAAAAAGGAGGUGUAAUGAUAUUUCUAACUGAUGGAAAGUUUGACUGUAAAAACCCAGAUAUGCCAGAUAAAACUACAAUAGCCCAAGCAAUUCCAUUAAUUAAGGCACAAGAGGUAAGAGUCAUUACAAUUGCUUUCAGUAACAAUGCAGAUCAAGACAUUAUAAAACUUGCAGAGGAGACAAACGGAAAAGCUUUUUUUGUUCCUGAUAAUUCUGGUCCAGAAGUAAUCAAUACUGCUAUGCAAGGUUCUCUUACAUAUCAACCUGCAGUUCCAUCAAAUGAAGUGGAUAUAGUUAUUUAUGAAACAACAUAUAAGAAUAUCAUGGAGUUUUCUUUUAAUUUUACCAUAGAUGAGUUGAUUGGGAAAGAUGUUUCUGUUCAAAUUGACUUCUCUGGUAACAAAGGGGCUGAUAUUGUUGUUGACAAUGUACCAGAUCAAUUCACUGAAGAAAAUGGUGUCUAUUUAAAGUCAUUCUCUGAACUAGCUCCAGGUUACUACACUGUUUCUGUAAAUAGCACUAGUACAAUUGGAUUUGCAAGUGUAAAGAUCACAGCGAAAUCUAUGACAGACACUAUUCCAGUCAUGACAAACUGCUGGACAAGUAUUGGUAACAAAAAAGCAGAUAUGACUAAUGACAUUAAAAUUGCUGUAAUUGCAAGGGUUUUGCAGGGAACUAACCCAGUGAUUGGGGCAAAGGUUACAGCUUAUAUCGAGCGUGAUGAUAAUCCUAUUCCAUUAGAAAUCUCUCUGUCAGACUCAGGUUCUGAGCCUGAUACUGUUGCAAAUGAUGGAUUAUAUGCCAGAUAUUUUACUAGUUUUGAUCCAAGCAGCAGUUCAAAACGUUACAGCUUAAAGUGUCAAGUUGAAGGUUCUGAUGAUACCCAAAUAAAUGAAGGAUUUAUUGAUGUAAAGAGACAUCCAAAGUUAAAAUCCCUCCCAAGCAAUCCAACUGGAGGAAAUCCCAUUUGCUGUGGCAGCAACACUGUAAGGGAAGAUUCAACUCUCACGCCUACUGGAGCCUUCACAAGAUCAUCUGCUGGAGGAUCUAUUGAGAUUGUUAAUGGAGACAAAGCCAGUUAUCCACCAGCUAAAGUUACAGAUCUUAGGACUGGUAAUAACCCCGAUAAUCGUGCAUACUUUACCCUCUACUUCACAUCUGCUGGCAAUGUUUUAGAUUCUGGCACUGCUGGAGAGUUUAAAAUUUUCUUCACUCAAAACUCAACAGACUUGGUGAAUGUAACUUUGAUAAAUAACUUUCUUGAUAGUUUGAACAGUACUGAUGUCUUAAAUUCUGAUCAGCUAGCCCCUACUGCAGCGGGCACUAAAGUGGAGCUAAAUGUAAGUGUUGACAGAUUUCAGGUUGGACAACAGUAUUUCUUCAGACUUGUCACAAUAUCCUUAGAUGGGAAGAAGAAAACCUGGUCAAAUAUUGCCUCUUUCUACAAUUAUGAAGGACGGACAGAAUCAUCUGCAGUUAGAACUUUUACAAAUAUAUUUUCAUUAGCAUCAGCUCUUCUUUUUAUACGUUCUUGGGUUUGAAAUCAAAUAUUGAUGUAAAUGCUGUUUUCUUAAAAAUUAAAAAAUAAAUAUAUCAAUGUCUUUAAA